AUGGGCGUUACUCUGUCACCCGUGGAGUUCUGCAAGGAAUGGUACUGGGACCUAUACAUUGUUGCCUCGGUGGGUCUUGGUGGUGAGCUCCCGGUCAAAGCGCAUCUCAGCGUGUACGCGGAUGAUGCAUCUUUGGGGCAACGCAUCCGCAGGAGGGCAACCCUGCGGUCCUCACUGCGGCUGCCCAGCGUCCACAGCAGCAGCAGCAGCAGCGGCAGCGAAGGCCAUGCCCCGCUGCGGCGGGCCUCCCGUUCCUCCCACCGGAUGGCCUCGCAGGACGUCACCGCAGCCGCGGCGGCCCAGAGACCGCGCUCCUGCUGCUCGGCGACCAGGAGGGCCCGCUCGGCGGACCGGUCGCGGCCGCACAGCGGCGCUCCGACGGCGGCCGGCGACUUCGACGAGGAGGACCGCUUGCCGGCGCUGCUGCUCCCGCAGGCGCGGCCGCUGUCGUCGGCGGUCGGACGCGGGGCGCAGGCCCACGGCAACCACCAGGGGGACGGACGCCGGCAGCGGUCGAGGAGCAUCGAGUCCCAGGAGCUGACUCUCAUUCCUCUUCCACGAGAAGAAGCGCAUAAAAAUUCAUCGUCCGGUCAAGAAGCCAAAGGACCAAGCCAUGCAUCUGGAAACCACUGCGAGCUGUCGGCGGUUCCAAACGGUGAGAACGGCAUCCCCAGCUUUCCCGAGAAGAACGGCACCUCCACGAGCCUGCUCUUCCACAAGGUGGACAGGCUCGAGCGCGAGCUCGAGUCGACGUCCGAUCUGUUGCGCCAGGCCAACCGGGAGCUGGCGCGCCGCGAGGCCUCGCUUGCCCAGCUGGGACGCCACAACGAGCGGCUGCGAGGACGGGUCGCGCGGCUCGAGUCCGACGUGGCCGUGUACAGGGCGGCCUCCACCGCGGCCGCCACGUCUUCCUCGUCCGGCGAUGAAGACGUGGCCACUGCGGGCGCAGUCGAGGGUUCCGCCGCCGACUUGGCGCGUACCUCGACCCGUUGCUGCUCCGCCAGGGAAAGGGAACUCUUGCGAACCCUGGCCGGCAUCUACGACAAGAUAACGAAGACGGACUCUCGCAAGAGCGCCGCCAGCAGCGAUAGGUGCGAAGUAAAUUUGUGCGCCAAGAAUCAUCGGCACGCGGACGCGGGUCGCUCGCUCCCGGACGCCCGCGUCCUGGAGCAGGUGUUCGCCAACUUCUGGCAGGAGUACCGGAGCAUGAGCGGAGAACUGGAGAGCUGCAAGCAGGUCAUGGCCAACCAGGAGCUCAGGAUGCGCUACCUCGAGGCGCAGGUCGACGCUGCCAACAGAGUCAGGACCAACGACUUCUUCAGGGCUGACGUGCUAAAGAAGGACACGACGAACGGUGCAGUGGGGGGUGUGGGCGGUGGUGGUGAAACUUGUGAUGAUGUGCUGAACGGCGGUGAUGUAUGCUCGCCGACGGUGGCUUGCUGCGCCGCGGUGGCCAACGUCGAGAGGCGAGUGGCGGAGGAGAGCCACCUGCUGGCGCGCCUCAGCCGCCUGCAGCUGGACAACAGCAGGCUGCAGGUCCUCAACGGGGAGGCCCUGACAAGGGAAGCGGCCGUCAAGAAGGAGCUCCAGAGGGUGCAGAACAAGCUGUCGAGCUUCAAGACGGACUUAGCUCGGGCUACAAAGAAGGUCCUGGGUCGAGAAUCUAGCUGCACGUUCCCAGCCGAGGUGUCGCUGCGCAUCCUGCUGGAAGAACUGGUGUCCCUCCGGCGCCAAAAUGGCCGACUGCAGAUGGUGCACCAAGAAGAGGAGCAUCAUCGGCGGCAGCAAUGUCAACAGCAACAUCAGCAGCAACAGCAGCACAAGACCAAGGACGCCGCUAAAGACACGGCUGGUCGCGGUCUUCAGCCGGUUCCCGAGGAAUCUGCGGCCAACGGUACGACGGCUGACGCCGACCCGGAUGCUGCCACCGUUCCGGUGAAUCCAUUGGAGCAGUGUGUCAAAAGUGCUGACGGCACCUCCACGAACAACGGAAAUGACAUCGUGGACCGCCGCCUCCGAAGGUGGUUCUCCGAGGACGCAAGUGCAGAGCGGCAUCCACCUGACGACGUCUCUGAGAAGGAGUACCGCAUCUGGUUUCCUCGCGCCGAGGUCUCCGACGAAGACGUCGCGGGUCGUGCUUCGAGCGACUGGCGAACUUUCCGGGAGUACCGCUACACCGAGUGCUCCCGGGCCGGUCGGCUGGAGAAGACCCUCUCUGUGGAUGAAGUCUUCAACAGCAAAGGCUCCCCCCGGACUGCCGCCGUUAAUCCGCCCACGUUGGCAUUCCACUGUGUCUCUUGCUCGAACAGCGACGAGGACAAAGGAAGCCCGUUGGACGUGACAGAAGAAGGACGAUGCAGGAUGCUGUCAUCGACCAAGAGCGAGCUGUACAGGGAGCACCGUAGCCAGCUACUCUCGCGGCAGGAAGAUGACGACCCCACUCCGUGGGAAGCGUCGUCGCUGAAGACCGACAAGAAGCCAAAACUUUCCGAAGCCUCAGGGGAUACGGGUUCGGAAAAGGGAGCACGGACGUCAGUGUGCCAAACGAGCUCCAAGAAGGUUGCCUUCGAGGACGACAAUGCCAAGAAAGGUAGCUGGGAAAUUCCGAGUUCGAGCGAGGAAGGACUGGCUUCGGCACCAGCGCCGAGGUCUCUACCGGGUAACGAGAGCAGCAGCCGUGAGGCUGUAAGCGCCGGCCUACAGGAUGCAAGCCUCGUGUCCGAGGACGACGACUUCGACGACUCGAAGUGUACUUACGUGAAGGUGGACAGCGUGGACUCGGAGGUGGAGGACGAAACCGGUGGGACUAGAGAAACUGUGAUAGGGGCACCGUCGCUUGACGAUUUGGGGUACAUAGCAGAGGAACCAGAAGAGGAAGUGGACGAGACCACUGGAGAUCUUGGGAAUCGAAACUCGUCUGCCACCACGACGCAUGAAGCUGCUCAGUCUGAAAGUAGCUCUAUGGUGUCUUCAACUGCAGAAGCCAGUCACCAGGCACCACUGUCUUCGAAGUUGGGCGUUAAAGAAGAAUUGAGCGAAGCUGAUGAAAGAGGAAACGAUUUGCAAUUUAACAAAGUCACUUUGGACAAAACUGCACCCCUUGCUGCUGACGUGAAUGCGCUAGCAGGUGGAAAGUCUGUGAAGUGCCAUAGUGAUGAAUCAAAAAGCUCUCGGCUCGAGGAGCCAUAUGCUAAGCAAAUUAGCCAUCAUCACAAUGAGCCAAAAAAUACCGUUGAAGCAGCACCACAUCACGCUGACUUGUCUGACAGAGAAACGAAUGAAAGUGAUACCAAAUCGGAGGAAUCUGUUAUCACAGUGAAAGGUGACGCAAUACUUUUGCCAAGUACAAAUGACGAAAUCUCUGACGAAGUGCUUGCAGACACUGUUAGUAGAUCUGCGAAUAAAAAAGAAAACGGUUUAGACACUCGCGAAACAUUCAUUACUGGCGAGAGACACAGCCCAGAGCUAAUUUCGGGCAAAGCUGUCGAUAUACAUGUGCCCAGUGACACUGUGAAUUCGCAAAAAAUGCUUGGCGAGGCUAAUGGGAGUAUCACAUCUCUUGCGAAUGUGACAGAAGAGCUACAGAAAACUUCGAAAAAUGUUUCAGUCCUUGUUAGCGAAAGUUCCUCUAACAGUGGCGCAUCUCAAUUUGGAACAUCCAUUGCCGACAACAAAAGUGUACAACUGACAAAUGACGCAAUAGAAUUUCAUGAAAGUAAAUAUUAUCACACAGACCUAAGUGAAAGUCUGGAUCGCGCAGCACGCGAGAGCGGGCAAGUGUUCAUUGAAGCAAAUGCUUGGCAUCAAGAAGAGAUCGGAAUGCUUCGAGAAAGUCAAGAGCUAACAAAAAACGCAGCUACGCAUAUUCUUGGUAUCAGUGAUCGUAUGGAGGAAAUGUUGGACACUGCUUCAGCAAAUGUCACGAAUUUACUAUCAUCGAAAUGCACGUUUGACAGCAAAAUGGAGGUUACUGAUGAAGUUGGCAAGUGGCAGCACGCAGGAACCAUAGACGAACUUGACCAAAACGAUACCCAAGAAAGCAUGAAUGAAGGUCCAAAAGGUGCAUCAAAUAAAGUUUCUGGACUGAAUACCCAAGAAAGCAUGAAUGAAGGUCCAAAAGGUGCAUCAAAUAAAGUUUCUGGACUGAAAGAGAAGGACUUUUUGCAGUUUCUUAAAGGGGGAACAUUAAUGGAUGAAGUAUAUGAGCUGGAAUCAGUUGCGUGUCUCAGCAAAGCGGACGAUGUCACAGAGAACACACAAGAAAGUGUUACUGUCAUCAUGGACGACUCGGUCUUGAGUAAGGAAUUUCCACGUGACAAAAAGAGCGCUGCUGAUGAAUGUGAAGACCAGCAACAAAAUCCAGACGUCUGCCAAGAUGUCAAGAACAGCGCAGAAAACAAUCUGCAGAUUGGAGAACUGCUAAAACAAGACACCUAUCAAAGUGCCGAAAUGUGUUUUCUAAAGAACACUGAAGUUAGGACACAAAAUGUGCUCAUGUGUUUUACAGGUGGCGAAGAGCACACGAAGGAAACUUUGAAAACUGUUUCAAGCAUUCUAAGUGAUUCGCUGCCAAGAAAAGACAUCCUGCAAGAUGACGUAGCGCAUGUCGUGGGAGGCGUUAAGAAAGGAGACAAACAUUUUGCAGAGGGUGGACUGAAGGGUCCCCGAGAAGACAUGAGGGAACACUUCGAUGACCUGGCGUUCAAGAGUAGUCACGACUUUCGGGAUGAAGGUGCCUCUCAUCAUCAUCCAGCUGAGAUGCCAAAUGAAAAUGUGAAUACAAUUCAAGAUACCGGUGUAAUUACAGAAAAAGGGAGCGUGACCGACCAUGUUCCCAUGAUAUUGCCAGACGAUCAUCAUCUUUUUAAAGUACUAGAAAUAUCUUCGGUUCAAGGACAAGAAGGUACGGGAGUUACGAGAGAAAGUAACGAUGGACUAGAAAUUGACAGUACUGAACAAGGCGCUACCCAGCAUUGUUUGGCGGAGCGCGCUGUUCCUCAGGAAAACUCGCUCUCGUCUUCAAUAAAAACCAGCAUGCUAAAAGACGUCAUCGCCCUGAACAGGACUGAUGACGCAACCAGUUUUGACGAUGCGUCGCUUCAGGACGACAACGACCAAGGAUUCGAGUCGCUUCCUUGUGACCAAACGCUUGACCAGGAAGAUUUGAAUGAGAAGCAAGUGAAGGAUGAAUUAUACAAUGUCGAAAAACACCUGCCCGCGGACAAUGAUGAUAACAGAGGUGCGGAUGAAUUGACCGCUUUAUUAGGUGAACUUGCUGAGCAUGAGAAAGAAACACCCGUUAGCCUCCAAUAUGACACUGGAGUACAAACUACGCCGACUGACGCGACUGGCCAAAACAAUGAGCCUCUUUUCGAGCAUAAGCUUCGAAGCUCGGCUAGCAUGGACGGAUGUGACAAGGAGGGAAGCGCGCAAAAAUGUGCUCACGGUAUGCAAUCAGACGAAAACGCGCAUCCCGCCUCGGCGAUGAGCUCCGAAAAUGAAGUACAAGUGACGCCGAGCGUACAAACACCAGAAAGCAAAUCAAGUGAAAGUGGUUCUGCAGUUCCUGACGAACACAAGGUCGCUAAGGUUAGUAUGCGCAACGAAGACAGCGAAGACAUUUCAGACGCUGACGUGGAGAAUACAAGAAGAAGAUCCGAAUAUUAUAUUGACCUUCAUAGUGUCAACACAUUGGGGUGGCAGAAAACCUUACAGGAGAAGGAGGAAAAGGCGAGCGCGCAAGAUGAAGUGUCAGGAAAGUUCGCGAGUGAACAUUUCAUGAACCAGGCUACCGGUGACGACAACAAAAUCGGCAUAGGGAAUACUGAGACUUUAGAAAAAGAGCCGAUAGACAUUACAGUGGCUAUUGAAGCUAGCGUGAAAGAUGGGGAUGAAAGAUGUGAAGAGUUUGCGAUGGAAAAUCCUGCUAACCAAAGCACUAGUGAAAACGAGGUUACUGAAGUGAAGACAGAAAAUUUAAUGAGCGAAUCGUUAGAGUCUGCCGCGCACCAUGAAGAGAGUGCGCAAUAUGAAACAUCAGAAACGUUUCUGAGCAAUGCAUCUGUGAAGAUAUGUACCAAUGUGAACGAAAUCGUCAAAUUGAAGGUAGAGUCAUCAGAAACCAAGUUGCGAAAGAUAGUAGCGCGUGAAGAAGAAAUCAUGCGACACGAAACACUGGAAGAGGUUGUCGACGGGGCAACUACACAUGCGAGCUCAGGUGACAUUGACGUCACCAAACUGAAGACAGGGCGUUCUGUUGACGAGAUUUCAGAGCCCGUGUGUAAUGAAGCCAGCGUGCCAAAUGAAACGUCUGAACAAACUGAAAGUGAAGCGCCCAUAAGCCAGAGCACUGCCGACGAGGUCACCGUUGUGAAGGCUAUGACACCAGUAAACGAGAUUUCAGAAACAGCAGUGCCUAACGAAGCAGACGUACAAAGUGAAACACUGGAAGACUUUUCAAGCGAAGAGCUUGUCAGCCAAGGCUCUGGUAAGAAAGAUUUCGGAAAUAUAGGAGAAGAGAUAUCGACAGACCAGCUGGUGUCCACAGAAGCGAGAGCACAAAGUAAGAAGUCUGAUGAACUUGCAAGCGAACGAUCUGCGAGCCACAUCACUGAUGACCAGCAUAUCACUAAUGAGCAGGCAGACGCAUCAGGGAGCGAGCUUUUAGAGCUAUUCGAUGAAUUGAGCGCGCAAAGCAAGGAGUCUGAUCUACUUGCACGCGAAGAAUCUGUGAACCACAGCAAAAGUAACAUCGUGGUCACCGAAGUGAAGGCGGAGGCGUCUGUAAGUGAACUGCAGAAAGUCCUAAUGUCUACUGAAGCAGGCGUGCACAGUAAAUCUGAAGAGUUCGCGAGUGGAGAAACUCUGUGCCAGAGCACAAUUGACAGUGAUGUCACCAAUGUGAAGGCAGAGAUAUUAAUUAGUGAGGUUCCAGAAAAAGUAGUGUUUACUGAAGCAAGCGAGCGAACUGAAACGUUGGAAGAGUCUGCAAGUGAAGCGUCUGUGAACGAGAGCAUGAACGAAAAGAUCAUCUGGGAGGUGCCAGACACAUCUGUAAGCGAGUUUCCAGAGAUAGCAUUGUCCGCUGAAUUGAACGUAGAAAUAAAAACAGCUGAUGAACUUACAAGCGAGGAAUCCGUGAACCUGGGCACCAAUGAAAACGAGGUUGGCAAAGUGAAUGCAGAGGCGUCUGUAAAUGAGAUGCCAGAACUGUUAGUGUCUAUUGAAGGGAAGAUGCACAGUACAUCUGAAGAACUUGCAAGCGGGGGAACUGCGCAUCCGGGCACUAGUGACACUGAGAUCACCAAAGUAAAGGCAGAGGCAAUAUUUGCUGAGAUUCCUGAGAUCGUGGUGUCCGAUGAAGUGAGUGUGCGAACUGAAACGCCUGAAGACUCUGAAAGCGAAGCGCUUAUGAACCCUAGCAGAGAGAUCAAAGUGGGGCCAGCUGCGUCAGUAAGCGAUGUGCCAGAGAUGGAAGUCUUCGUUGAAAACAGUGCGCAAAACAAAACAUCUGCACAUUUAGCAAGUGAUGGAUCUGGAAACCAGAACGUUAAUGACCACGAGAACACCGAAGGGAAGACAGUGACGUCGGCGAGGGAGUUGCCUACGUUCAUAGCCUCUAAUGAAAUGACUGACCAAAGUAAGAUAUCUGAUGAGCUUUCAAGCGGAGAAGCUGUGCACCACAUUGCCAGUGACGUCGUGUUCACCCAAGUGAAGGAAGGGACAUUAGCAAGCAAGGUUUCACAGGUCACAACGGCUGAUGAAGCAAGCAUACAAAGUAAAACAUCCGCGAAGUUUGAAGACGAAGUGUCUGUGAGUGAAACCACCAAUUGCAACGUCACGGAAGCAAAGGCGGAUACUUCAUUCGAGUGGCCGAGCAUCACAUUAUCUAAUGAAACGACUGACCAAAGUAAGAUACCUGAUGAGUUUUCAAGCGGAGAAGCUGUGCUCCACAGGGCUAGUGACGUCGCGUUCAACCACAUGAAAGAAGAAACAUCAGCAAGCAAAGUUUCACAGAUCACAAUGGCUGAUGAAGCAAGCAUUCAAAGUCAAAUAUCCGCGAAAUUUCAAAACGAAGUGCCUCGGAGUGAAACCACCAAUUACAACGUCACGGAAGCAAAGGCGGAUACUUCAUUCGAGUGGCCGAAAAUCACGUUACCUAGUGAAACGACUGACGAGAGUAAGAUAUCUGAUGAGCUCUCAAGCGGAGAAGCUGUGCGCCACAGUGCCAGUGACGUCGCGUUCACCCAAGUGAAGGAAGGGACAUCAGCAAGCAAAGUUUCACAGAUUACAAUGGUUGAUGAAGCAAGCAUACAAAGCAAAAUAUCCGCGAUGUUUGAAAAGGAAGUGCCUGUGAAUGAAACCACCAAUGGCAACGUCACGGAAGCAAAGGCAGAUACUUCCUUCGAGUGGCCGAAAAUCAUAUUGUCUGCUGAAAUGACUGACCAAAGUGAGAUAUCUCAUGAGCUAUCACAUGGAGAAGCUGUGCACCACAGCGCCAGUGACGUCGUGUUCACCCAAGUGAAGGAAGGGACAUCAGCAAGCAAAGUUUCACAGAUCACAAUAGCUGAUGAAGCAAGCAUACAAAGUAAGAUAUCCGCCAAGUUUGAAAACGAAGUGCCUGUGAGUGAAACUACCAAUGACAACGUCACUAAAUCAAAGGCAGAUACUUCAUUCGAGUGGCCGAAAAUCAAAUUAUCCAAUGAAACGAGUGUCCGAAGUAAAAGUGCGGAAGGAUUUACAAGCGAGGAGUCUGUCAACAAGGGCAGCUGUAACGAAGAGAACGCCAAAGCGGAUGAGGAGGAAUUGGGAAGUGAAUUGCCAGAGACCAUAGUCCCUAACGAAGCGAGCGUGCAGGUUGUCAGUAUAGAAACUGAGUCCCAGAGCAGCAGUGAUUAUGAGGCGCCUAAAGUGAUGGCAGAGACAUCAACAAGUGUGAUUCCAGAGAUAACAGUGUCCGACGAGGCGAGCAUACAAAGUCAAACUCCUGAAAAGGUUGAAGACGAGGCGCUUGUGAACGAUAGCCCACGUGACGACGCCACCCCGGAAGCGAAGUCAGAGGCUUCAGCUAGCAAGUUGCCAUAUAAUGAGGCUUCCGUGCAGAGCAUAACGUCUGAAGAAUUUGCGAGUGGAGAAAGCACUUGUGAAAGCAAAGGGGACGUUGAAAUCUCCACAGUGAAGGCAGAUGUGCCAAUAAGCGAAAUGCCAGAGAUCGCAGUGUCUAAUGAAGUGACUAUAGAGAGGAAAACGCAUGAAGAGCUGAAAAGUGACGCUGCAGUGAACGAAAACACCAAUGACAACGAGGUCACUGAAGAGAUAGCCGGUGCAUCUGUAAUCGAGUUGCCAGAGGUCACAGUGCCGAAUGAAGCGAGCGUAGGAAGUGAAAUAACAGGACAACUUACGAGCAACGGACACGUGCGGCAAAUCAACAGUGAUAAUGAGAACACCGAAGGGAGGUCAGAAACAAGCAAUCUGCCAGAGGUCGCAGAGUCUGAUAAACCGAGCGUACAGAUAUCCGAAGAAUUUGCUAGCGAAGAAUCUGUGACGCGAAAUAGCGGUGACAACGACUCCACCGAAGUGACGCCAGGGACUUCGAUGAGCAAGCCUCCUGAAUUUGACGCAACAAGAAAUCAUUCUGAUUCUGAGGAUCUUGAUAAGACCUCUUCAGAUGCUUCAGAGACUCGCAUGGAAUGCAUAAUGAAAGACAAUACAACACCCUGCAUCGUCUUGGAAGGUGUCGCUGCACAAGGGCAACAGGAAGCUGCGUUCGAUUGUACGAGCUUGCCAAGUAACAUGACGAAAAGAUUCGCAAAUGCGGAUUCUUAUGAUGAGAUGACUGAGGACAACGAAAGCGCCAGCACAGGCGCAGAGAGUGCAGACGGCGAACUACGAGGUAUUGCAAGCUCCGAUGAAUCGAUCGAAGGUGGCAGCGUUGAAGAGGUUGACAAAGUUGUGGAAGACGUCACUGAGAACAGCCUGGAAAAUGCUACAAAGGAAUGUGUAGAAAGCAAUUAUUCAGACCGCGCACAUGCGCUGGAUGAAGAACGGCACUGGAGCCAGGAAGCGAGCGCACAGGACAGCACACAUGAAAAGUUCGCAGAGCAGCAGUCUGUCUACCAAUUCGCCGAUGAUGAGAAAAACGUGAGUAAAGAUAGUAUGUCACAAGACAGCGCACUCGACGGUGUCCCUGCGGAAUUUCGUGAAGCAACCGACGAUCGUCAUACUGCAGAGCUCGGAAACAGCAGCAUAGGCGUUUCACAUAUCCUUCUGGAAGACACAGCUGACGUCACCUCGGCGGCUUCUAAUAACGAACGGAACAUGCACACGUCAGAGCCUGUGAAAAAAUCAGGCGAAGGAACGGGUGUGCACAAUGAAACGCUAACAGAAGCUGCAGACGAAGGGCUUGGUAACGUUGACCUCGACAGUAAAGAACAUUUAAGACUUAGAACCACUGGCUCAGAAUCAGUGGAAAGCGAAGUGCUUCACCAUGAAAUUUCGACAUCUCAAGGCGUCGUCGAGGCCAAGGAGCCCAGCACAGCUGAAAUGUACAAUACCAACAUUGCCGGUAUUUCGCUGAACUCUGCUUUAGAACAAGAAAACAGGGAUAACAGGUCGUCGUUGCUGGCGUAUGCAGAAGAGAUUGUAUCGACCGUUCUGACAAAGUGCGUAACGUACCUCGGAGAAAAUGACGAGACAUUGAGGAGAGCAGAGCUGGUGGGAAGAAAUCGUUACGAGUUGAAUGCCGACACAGAAAACGCACUCAAAGAGAAAACUAUUUCUGAUGAUUACAAAGAAGAGCUUCGUAUUCAUCUUCCGCACUCGGACUCCACAAACAGAGGCAAUCCCGGUGAUGCCUUCGAGCCGAUUGUCUCGAGACAAUCUGCAUUCGAGGAAGCGAUACCGACUGCUGACCAUCAAUACUCUGUUACCAGCCGUGAUGCGAACCAAGCGGCAGUGGUUCUCCCAGUUGCUGCAGAAGAUGAAAUAAAUUCUAACGAGGCGCUAAACUAUCCGGUCAUUAGCGAGCAGCAUGACGAAUCAGUCAACAUGGAGGAAAUAGACGAAACGAUAACAAACAGCACAAUGGCGCAGUUGGCGACCUCCGAUGAAGUCUUCGAUAAUGCUAAAAGUGAUGUGCCGCUGAACAGCGCAGAAGAGGCGGGCUUGUUGCUAAUAACCAAAGACCGCCACGAUGGAGACGCCAGUGACAGUGCAAGUAUCUCCGAAGCGUUAACCGAAGAUGGUGCGUCGAGCGAGCCUGAACCUCACAGCUCCGUUUCCGCAGUGAAAAGUAAUCAAGAAGUUCCUUUCCAGGUUGUAGAGCAAGCUGACCAGUCAGAAGAGGAGCUGGAGGAAGCAGAAAGAUCGGCGGUGGCCCAGUUUCUUGAUGAUGCAGGCAAAGACCCUUCUGAAGGAUCAGAGACACGGCGAAACAUCGCCGAGAGUGAUAACAGGGGCGAAAACUCUGAACCUGCGCACAGCGUCGCGGCAAUGGGCCGUAUAAUACGCCGAGAAAGUCAGAUAAACGAAGAGUUGUUUUUAGACAGCGCCGCUUGUGUCCACACGAGGCGUUUCGAACGUUCAGCAUCCGAUGUGGAAGCGCGAGCAGGCGAUGACGCUAGAGAAAGCGAAGAGGCCGAGAACGAAGCGACAUCCAACAGUUUUAGCGAAUCUUCCGCGACGACGGUUUCCAUGAACACGGACGAUUCCGCAGAAAGCGUGUCGGAGUUUUCCACGAAAGCGAGCGAGCAAGCAUCAGACGCUGUUUCCGCCAACGAAGUGAACAGAGACAACUCAGAUACUUCGGACGCGUGCCACACUGAUGAUAAGAACGUACAGACCAACAAAUUCAACGUAACACAUUCGCUGGAUAUGCCAGAUAGCGUAGAUAGCGUUGAUAGCGAAGGGCGAGAAGAAAGCACAAGUAGACGCGAGAAUCACGCCGGCGUUCAUAGCUCGAAUGAGCAAUCCGAAAUUCCGCAUGAUACAGAAGAUGGUAACGGCAUCGGUCAUCAAGGUUGGGACGUGCGGGAACAAGCCAAAAAAGCCACUGUACCCGAAAACCACGACAUGUUUUCGCAAGAAGUGCGUUCCGAAGUAGCGGUGAACAACGGAGAAAAUAAUAAAGCAAGUGAACCUUGUACAGAUGCAAACUUUAACGACUCUGCGAGGCCAAAGGGCAAAGAUGUCUGCAAGCACGAAAGCUCAGCUACAGCAGACAACGACAUGGACAGCUUAGGUGCCCUUAGCACUGUCUACGAAAGCUCGCUGGAAUACAUUAGAUCUUACACUGACGAGCACAUCAGUGCAAGCGACGUCACCGCGACCGUAAGCGGCGACUAUUACGCUGUUGGUACGACAACAAUUUCAAAUAUUUCCCCCCUGAAAAAUAUCAGUGCUUUGGGUGGCGUAUUUGAACACGAGGAGCACAGCGAUGAAGGAAAAGCCGAGCUGAACUCGGAUGAAUCGACGAUCAGUGCUCCAAGCUGCCCGCUUCAAACAGAGCGAAGUGGUGGCACUGGAGACGCAAGCAUUCAGCAUCCGGAAGUAGCUUCCGGUUUCAUACCGGAAGAAACAGCUGAUGCAUUAGGCAGGCACGUCGACAUGACUGGUUUGUCGGCUGGUAAAAUGUUGACGAACACGGGAGAAGAUAGAGGAACGAAUGAUUUCGAAGCAUCUAACGACUGGAUCACCUUACAGGAAACAGAUCAAGUGAAGGUCACUGUAGAAGAUCACGGCGAUCCAAUUCAACCGCGAAAAGAACUGGAAGGAGACCAAGGCGGUUCACAAAUCGAUAGUGGUGAAAAUGUUACUCAGUAUAUCAAGAAUACUUCAGCCAUGUGGGAUCAGCGUAGCCUCACAGCUAACAGCCUAAGCGAGGGAUAUAUAAAGGCACGCGACACUUCGAGCAGGGAAAAUGACACGGAGAAUGUGGUUCUUUCGGAACUGCCCAAAACAAAGAUUGCAGAUGCACACGAGGCGCUCCAUCAAGUCGAGCGGCAGGCACUGGAAGAAGAUGAGGUGGCGACCAUGGACUUCUCAGACGAAGAAGAGCGCUCUUUAGGUGAUACGGGCGCGCACGAACACAUCGUGUUCGUGGACGUGCACGACAUACCCUUCAGCCAAGAAUCAGGCGACACGGGAAAUGCCGAAAUCGAGCAAGAAGGUGCCCGCCAGGAAAUCGUUUCGUCUAAAACUAGUGGCUCUGCAGUGACAACCACAGAUUCAAACGGCAAAAGAGACGCGAUUAGUACAGAAGGCACAAAUCUGGCUCAGCUUGACGCAGGAGUUUCAGCGCAAAAUGUUGAAGCCGAGGCUGAAGGACCCAGUUCCACCAGCACACACGUUCAUGCUGGAAGCCCGCAUGCGGGAAGCUUGUCCGAGAAAUUGCAGCCGACAGUCGAGGCUUUAAAGACGGCAGUGGUGGUUCACGAGGAAACAAAAUUAGAAGCGCUGGAGUGCAGCGAGGACCUCCUGCACAGUGUUGCCACCGAAGCCGACUUCUCUAGCGACAUUUACGAGCAAGCAAGCGAGGGACUAGAUGCAGAUGCUGGGAUAGGCGAAGACAAAGUUGAGCAAACAACCACAGGCUUGCCGGCAGAAUCAGCAGAUGUCUCGAGUGCGUACGGAGAUCAUCGAGUGCCCACUGAGGAAUACAGUGGUCUUGACCAAGAGGGCGCACAGAAUGAAAUUGAAAAGCGUAUUGAGGACGAAGCGGUACCGCGCAAGAGAUCGUCCAGCGACGCUGUCGAAGAUACCAUUGUACCGGAGCACAUAAAAAGUCCAUCUAACAUGUCAAGCACGGAAAGCGAAGCAGGAUCUGAAAAACAAGACGUCGUGGCGAAUAGUGACUUGAAAUGUGCCGUAGAAGAUUUUUCUAGAUUGAUUUCGUCAGACGGCAACGACGUCCAUGCCACCAAUAGGAAAAGUGGCGAGAAAGGUAGAAUUCACGACGAAGCUGUCAUCACGGAGGCGUCCAGCGAGAACGUCGUUCCGGAAGUGAGCGAGGAUGAAGGUGACCAGAAAAGUCAGCCGCGUAAAGCCGCCGGCGCCAAGGAAGGCGAUAAGGCCGACAAUGACAAUCAGGAGGACAGCCUCAAGACAGAUUCAAGCGAGAGCUUUGACCUUUCAGCAGCGGGCGGGGAGAACGUUGGCGAGAGUGGCUCGCGAAAUGUAAAAGAGAAUACCACCCACAAGGUCACCGAAGCUGUCGAGCAGUCCGAACGAACCGAGGGCGAAGACGGCGCCAGCUCUGGCGACCCAGUCCGGUCGACCAGGAUCUUCCAAAGGACAGUGAAGCGCACCGAAUCCACUCGAACCGUGCGGAGAACGCGUUCCUUCCUGCCGUACACGAAGUGGAUGAAGGGUGAGGCACGCCAGCGAGCUCGGCAGGAGGCGCCGGACGAAGACGCCACAGAGCCGGUGGAGGAAACGCUCGUGGCCCAACAAGCCUUUCCCGCAAUGUCGAUCCCUCGGCGCGGCCUCGGCUCGAUGUCUGACUGCCCCGAUGGCAACGUCUGCAGCGUAGCUGUCCAGGCGUUUCCAAGCGUCUUCGACCAGGGAGUUCAGGUGGAUUUUGACGAGCACGACUGCAUCACCAGGCUCGUGGAGCUCCAAAUUGCCAUGAACGAGCAAGAGGAGGUCCGGCGCCAGGACAUGAAGGCUGCCUGCGAACUGGUCGAGAAACUAGAAGCGAUGCAGCUCUCCGAGUCACUCAUGAGGACACAGCUGCGGGCCAUGGACGCCGAGCGCCGGGAGCAGAGCGCGCGUGAGGCCCGCCUCCGGGACGAACUGACGGCGUGGCAGGAGACGGUACAGCAGCAGCAGCUCCUGCUGCAGCAGCUCAAGGAGGACCUGGACGACACCGAGGACACGCUGGCCGCCCAGAGGCAGGAGGCCAACAGGCUCCGGGAGCAGAUGCUCGUGCUCCAGGAGAGCUGCGACAGCGGCCUACUUAUGGUGGACGUCCUAGGAAGGGCCGACAAGGAAGUCCAGACACCCGACGGUGGCGGGCAGCAACCCUUCUCCAGCUCCUCGCCUUACAAAGGAAUCAGGUUGGACAGCUCCUCGCCGGUGUACCUGGACCAGCUGAGCCAGCACCGGCGGCUGUCGGCGCUGGUGAGCUCGCAGCUGGAGGCCACCGCCAACAGGAUCGCCCAGCUGCGAAGGGAGGCGGCCGCCAACCGGCCCAGGGGAUCGGCGAUCGACGAAUACGUCCAGGACCUGGCUGACAAGGAGGCCAUCGUGCAUCAACUCCUGCUGGAGCAGCAACAAAUGGACGAACUGCUGUCGGAACACGACAAGAUCUUGGCUCACACCAGGAGCGAAAGUUUCAAGUCCAAGGAAGGACAGAUGACCCACACCUUGCAGACAGAGGAAGAAAAGCUGUGCCUGGUGGGCGCCCGCUGCCUCCACGAGAACCACCCCGAGGUGAUCGCGCGCCAGGCUCGGCUGCUGCAGCGCCUGCAGGUGGACAGGAUCGGAGUGUUCAGAACGCCUACGCCGAUCGACCGCUCGUCGGCAGGAUCCUUGCCUAGGAGAGCCGAGCCAACGCAGAGGCCGUACCACGCCCUUCUCACACAGUACCCCGUUCACCGAUACGGUCCCCGGCCGGGCGCGCGAGCUGCGGGAGCCCCCGGCGCGAGCGGCAGCAGCGCGGGCGGCGCGUCCGACGCGUCGGCCGGCGUCGGCUCGUCGACCGACCAGCGACGCAUCUCCUUCUCGUCCACCUCGACCACGGCGGUCCACUCGCGCAGUCACGGGGUGCUCCGCGUCUCCCAGCAGCGCCAACAGCAGGCGCGGCCACCGCACGUGACGACGACGACGACGACAGCGCCACUGACGGCGGCGAGUCGCGGCCAUGCGAGGCAGUCGCAACCCGGGUCGAGGCCCCCGGUCGGCGCCGCCUCCCCGAGGAAGACGGCGGAAGCGGAGCGCUUCAACCGCUUCGUCAACACUUCGCGCGGAGCGAACGCUUCGAAGCGAUGACUAGGCGGCGGACGAACGGCGUGGCUCGGCGUCGUUCACUUCUGGAAGCGAACGUUCGAAAUCGAUUCGGCGGUGGCCGUAAGAAGCGCGGCCUGUGAUUGGUCGUCCUGGGAAUGCGCAGAACGUCGUCUCUGUAGUAGCCGCGUAAGGAAACGCUAUUGGCUGACGGACCGCGUUGUCCGUGGUAGUGGAUCGACGCGCGGAGACGAUGACACGUGCUCAGUGUCCUGAAAAAAACUUGAAGGCGAAAUGUAAGGAAACUUGGAGAACAUCGAUUGGUGGCGUCCCUUGGUCGUGAAGAAGAAAAGUCGUAUCCAUAUACUAUGGCGUAGUAAAAUAUGAAAAAAAAAGAAAUACCUACCGUAAAGUUGUCAAUUGUAAUUCGAGUUAACGCAUUUAUUCUUUAGAGUAUAUAAUACAUGUCGUGGUCUUUUCUAUAAUGUAUGCCUAGUUAGCAUAGCCCUCCAUUCGUCUUUUCCCACGUCCAUUCGCUCUUGGUGCUCUUUUUCCCUUCCCCGAGCGUAGGGUAGCCAACCAGGAGCUUUUCUAGUUAACAUCUCUGCCUUCUCGCUUUUUUUCCUCCUCCUCCUUCUCAGGGUAUUGAGGCUGUGUAAUAUUAUUAUUCCCCCAAUGGGUCCUCCUCUUUGACGAUAUAUGUCGUUAAAGAAAGAAAGGCCAAUUUCGAACCGUAUGUGUACCUUGUGGCGUCAAGGUUACGUGUGCACCCAAAGUGUGGCAUACGAUUGCGGGCGGGACUUCCCGCAGCUCCUUGCAGAAAAAAAAAAAAAAAAGUGGAAAUGUACAUCAGGUACCAAGGCGAUUCGCAACUACAUGAGCCUGGUGUGAGCGUGGUAUAACGUGUAUUACUGCGUUUCGAUAGCUGGAUUUAGUAACAGGUGCUACGAGAAAUUCUUUAUAUCGUUCCCAUUAACCUCUCAAUCAUGUUCACCGUGUUCAAGCUAUGCGGCUUGCAUUUUUCGCAACGAAAUCGCGCUCCAAACGACGCCUUUUUCUUCUGUGCCUCUCUUACACGUUAGAGUGUGGGCUAUCAAAUAGAUAUAGCCCACGAGUAGGGAUUACUCCGAAUCAUUAACCGUUAAUUUAUCUUUUAAGUUAUCUGUAAAGACGGCCGUAAACCUAGGUAGCAAUGACGCAUUCGAGUUAAAGCCGGGGGUUUUAGCAUCUAACGUCUACUCAUCAUAUGUUAACUUACCGCUAUAGUCUGUUAAAUGUCUCAACUCUGGGCCGCUGUAUACCAACGGUUCCUGUUGGAAAAAAAAGAAUAAACAUAUCGCCAACUCGCUGCCAUAUAAGAAAAACAAACAUAUCGCUGACGCAAUCCGCGCCUGGUUUGGGUCUAGCACGUGUGGUGUCCGGUCUUGUCUUGUCUUGUGUCCGUUUUAUGGCUUCGCCCAAAUGGGAAAGCCACUGUCCAACGCGCCUUAAUUGUUCAGCACCAAUUAGGGAUGCGCCGUCGAGCGGCCAGCACCUCGCGUUAUCUUCCACUUGGCACUGCAGGAAAUUGUGCUCCCUUUCAAUGAAAUGCUUUGCACUCCAAUAGUGAAAUUAUGCACUCCAACAGCACUAUAUAUGUUCUCCGCACGGUUCCUAUAUAUGUAUGUAUAUUUGGACACGAACGAGAAAAGCAUAUCGGACUGUUAAAAUGAAGUCCCUGGAGCCUGGGACCGAAUUAACCAGACAAGUGUUCUUCGCUAAUGAUGAGUCCAGUAUCAGGAUUGGCAAGAAUUUUUUCGUACGAACAAUUUUAACGCGAUAGUUCUUUCUUUAAUUAUGGCUCCUUAUUUCUUGCCUCUAUUUCGAACGGCACGCGCAGUGUUGACAUAUUUUAACCGAUCUCCCGACACAUCUAGCGUAUUCGAGACUUGUUUAGUGAAAAAACAUUUCGCCGGAUAUCUGGGGCGAAAGUCACAAAGUUUGUCUUUCGUAAGCGCUGUUUGCCAUUGGCCUGCUGCCGCCUUCGCGCACAGGACUGGCUGUAGCAUUUGAGCUUACGAACAGUUCUGGCGUAAGAAGUUUUUGCGAACACGAGCACUGAUGUUUAGGGACCUUUAUCGAUA